AUGUCGAAACAUCAUUCAAAUUUAAAACUUUUGAAGCUUGCUGGCAAUUUUCUAUUUAUUGCUAUUGCAUGGACUUUAUUUGUAUUGAAUAUAGUCAAAUAUGCUACGAGCUAUUUUCAACGUACUAGCUAUAAGGUAAUUGAAAAGCCGAAUGGAUUCUUUUAUAUUUUUAAAGAAAUCUAUGAAAAUGAAACACAAUGGGAAUCGAACUGUACGUCGAAUUAUUCGAAAUCCGAGGCCGACAAUAUUUUUCGUUGGUUUAUUGCAUCUAAGAAAAGUGAAAACAUAGUUUUUCAUGUAUUCUAUUGGUUUAUGAUGGUCAUUGCGCUUACGAUUUCACUUGCUCCAUCCAUCAGCUAUGUAUUUAAAUAUUUUAAAUCGAAUCAUUACAAUAUUACGGAACGAUAUUGUUUAUCAAGUAUGCUUCAUUUUAUUCGAACAUUUUUUAGCAUUACAGUCUUUGUCUUACCAAGUUUUUACAUGAAUACAUUUAAUUUUACGAGUGAACCAUGCUUAACUGCAUAUCCAACAACAUUCUCCAUAGAUAUUUCGCCAUUUAUAUUCGCAACAUUUAUUGGCUUAAUUAUUUAUUUUAUAUUUAAUUUAAUUGUAAAUUUCUUCUAUGAAAAACGUAGAUUUUGUUGUUCAAUUGAAUGUCUCUCAUAUCUUGGCUUAUGUAUAUUAGGCUUAUUAAUUGUUUGCAUUGUUGUUUUUUCAGCAACGAUUAUUGCAUUUGUGUUUGUUAUUUCAUUUAUUGAAACGUCGCUUCGAUUAACAGUGAUUCUUAUUGUUGUUCAAUUUCCUUUUCUUAUUGUACAACUUUUAUCUGAUUAG